UCAAUUAAUUGACGAUAGAUCUGUCAAAAUGAAUUAUUGCAUUUCCUUGAUAAAAAAUUAAAUUAACCUAUGUGAACUACUUUGUUAUCGAAACUAUGUUUAGAGAACGUCAGUUCAUGAAGUAUGUUUGUUGAUCUGUUCUUGAAGCAUUCAGUCAUUUAGCGAAUCUGUAGAUGCAUAUUGAAGGCGUGAGGAGACGUGAGUGAGGCGAGGAGGCGUGAGGAGGGGAGCUGUGAUGGAGGAGGAACGCGUGAGUACGGAGACAACCGUCAUCACUGUCAAGAGCGCAGUUCCUCACCACAACUUGGACGACGGCUAUGCCUCUUCGGCCAGUUCACCACACAGCACCGGCCUGGUGUCAUCACAGUCGCAGCUUUGUGGCAAGAAGAGGACGCGGGGAAGCCAGAGGAGUGCAGGAGGGAAGCAGUCGCCCAAAUCGCAGCAUUCAACUUCCAGCGAUGACAGUGACAACGUCGUUAAUAGAGAAGUGGAGGUGCGACUAGUGCAGUUGGGCUUGGGAGGGGGUGGGGGCGGCAAAGCGGGGGGAUACGAGGUGGUGCUGUCCAAUGUGGACGGGGUGGGUGGGGCGGAGGGUGGUGAUGGCAGGGAGACAUGGACCAGCAAUGCUGACUUUUUGCUCUCCAUCAUCGGAUUCGCUGUCGACCUGGCCAACGUUUGGCGAUUUCCCUACCUCUGCUAUCGCAACGGAGGAGGUGCAUUCCUGGUGCCCUAUCUUCUAAUGCUUGUGUUCGGAGCCGUGCCUCUGUUCUACAUGGAGCUCAUUCUGGGCCAGUAUAACCGACAGGGUCCUGUCAGUGUGUGGAGGAUAUGUCCCCUCUUCAAAGGCGUGGGCCUGUGCGCGGUGCUUGUUGCGUUCUACGUGUCGUUUUACUACAACGUGAUCAUCAGCUGGUCGCUGUACUUCCUAAUGGCGUCGAUGACCAGCAACCUACCCUGGCUGCAUUGCAAUAACACGUGGAACACCCCCCUCUGCACUGACUCUGUCGUCAACGCCUCCCUACUCAGUCACUCGCCCGCCUCCGAGUACUUCCAUCGCGGUGUCCUAGAGAUGCAGCGCUCGCCUGGACUACACGAGAUGGGUUUCCCCAAGUGGCAGCUGGUCCUGUGCCUGGCCACUGUCUACUCUAUGCUCUACCUAUCGUUGUUCAAAGGCGUCAAGUCUUCGGGCAAAGUGGUGUGGAUCACAGCCACCAUGCCCUAUGUCGUGCUCUCCAUUCUGCUAGUGCGAGGUCUGUCGUUGCCCGGCGCGCUGUCCGGCAUCCAGUACUACUUGCAGCCCGAUUUGUCCAAGCUCAAGGAGACGCAAGUGUGGGUGGAUGCAGCAGUUCAGAUUUUCUACAGUGUGGGAGCUGGGUUCGGAGUACACCUGUCCUAUGCUUCCUACAAUAGUUUCAACAAUAACUGCUACCGUGACUGCAUUGUGACAGCUUGUGUCAACUCGUUUACGUCGUUCUUUUCUGGCUUUGUCAUUUUCACCUACCUUGGAUUCAUGUCUCACAAGCAGGGUGUACACAUAAAGGAUGUGGCUACUGAAGGUCCUGGCCUGGUGUUUCAGGUCUACCCUGAAGCAGUGGCUACAUUGCCAGGCUCACAGUUGUGGUCAAUACUCUUCUUCUUCAUGCUCAUCAUGCUUGGACUUGACAGUGGGAUGGGUGGUCUGGAGUGUGUGAUCACUGGCCUGAUGGAUGAGUUGAGACCAUUCCUGCGAGGCUUCCGUUACCCAAGAGAGGUGUUCACCCUCUGCGUUGUCUUCCUUUCCUUCUCUGUUGCAACUAUUAACGUCACUCCGGGUGGCAUCUACUCGUUCCACCUGCUGGACACGUACGCGGCGGGCAUCUCGCUGCUGUGCUCGGCCCUGUUCGAGGCGGUCGCCGUGUCCUGGUUCUACGGCCUCGAGCGAUUCUCCAACGACGUCGAGGCUAUGAUUGGCCAGCGGCCAGGCCUCUACUGGCGCAUCUGCUGGAAGUUCAUCAGCCCUGCAUUCAUCAUUGGCGUGGUGAUGUUUGGCCUGCUGUACCACGAGCCUCUGUCCUACAACGAGUACAGCUACCCGGGCUGGGCUGAGUGGGUGGGGUGGUCGCUCGCCCUCUCCUCCAUACUCAUGAUUCCGGCGGCAGCCAUCUUCCAAAUUGCCACCACACCUGGAUCUCUCUCAGAGAGAAUAGCGAUCUCUAUUUCACCGGUUGAAGAAAGAGAAAUGAUUACAAGAACCAAAGAUGUGAGCAGGUUCAAAGCAAAACAUUGGCUCUAUGUCUAAGAUGCAGAUUGCCGAGAAAAAAAUGGGACCAUGAUUUUAUAGUCAAGGAUGACAAACAGUAUAAUAAUGACAUAUUCAAUGCAAUUUAUUCUAUUAUUGUACAGUGGGCUAUCAGACCAGCUCUAAUAAAUGGAUUGAGAGGAAGUUUAACUAUUGAAGCCUCCUAAAACGUAUCAGCAACUAUAUAUAUUAUUCGUCAAAAAUAUGAUUGUCAGUAUCAUAUUACUUCGAGAUUGUAAUAGAUGAAAAGGUGAGUAUUAUGAUGAUAGAUUAACUGGAAAAUAUGGUAAUGGGCUAGUAUUGUUAACAUAUUUGUCGCUUGCAUUGUAAUGUGAACCAUGUAAGGUUUCAAAAGAAUGAAGUUAAUUCAUUGCUAUAUUUUCAAUAAAGAUGCCCAAGAGCUAUUGUAUAAUUGUUGUGAGAUAGUAAGUAAGUCUAGAAAAGAUAUGGCUAUUGAAUGAAAUUAUUUCAUUGAUAUUUUGAACAAGUUUUAUACAAAUUGGUAAAAAGUACCAGAAUCCAAACUUGUUAUGAAUGCAUUCAUGAUUUCAAAAACGAUGCUAUACAUCCUGAAAAGCAAUGUUUUAUUUAGAAGUAACACUCUCCAAAGUUCCAUUUAGUAGCCUGCUACUAUUAAUAAUAAUUUUUGUUCGCUCUUACAUGAAUGACAUGUAAGUUACUAUCAAUUUAUGUUUGCUCUUACUUGAAUUAAAUGUAAGUUUAUGGUAUUCAUUGCUUGUAUUUUUCCAAAGGAGGUAACAUACUAUUAAGUAUUUGAUAUUUCAUGAAAAGACAUCCGAAUACUGAAUUUAUAUUAUUUUAUCAAUAAGUAAUGCAUAUAUCGCUUAAAAUAAUUGAAUAAGAAGAUAGUUUUCAAUUUUAAUCUGAUAGGCUCAUAGUUACACCUCUCACACACUAUUGUAUCAUAAUUACAUACUAUAUAAGUAAAACUAUAUUCCUUCUCAUAUUGGAACUGACAUAAUAUUGUCAAAUACAUUUUUAAGCUGACCUUGAAGUUACCUUUCAUUGGUUGAAAAUUAAUACUUUUAAUUUGCUUAGGUAGAGUACCUUUUAGUAUAGUAUAAUAAUUAUUAUAUUAGUUAUGCAAUUUUCAUGGUUAACGCAUGAAUAAGCUGGUUCGAAAUGCCGAAAUUAUGGCUGAAAUAUAAUGUAAAUAAUGGAUUUCGUAGAUGAUAAGUUUUUAUAUGAAAUUAGAUGAAUUCCAUAAGUUAUAUAAUACAUAUGAUAAUGAGUAAAUAAUAUUCAAUAGCCUACAACAUAAAGUCUCUGCUUCAUUUAUUUUUGAAAUAAUCCACUUGUGUCUAAUUCCUUGUGAUCAAUUUAUUAUCAAUAUUUUACCCAUGUCUCUACUGAUCAACUUACUCAAUUUUUUAUGUAAUAAUUUUCAAUAAUUGAAUCGAAAAAUGAUUUUGGUGUAACCUAUUUAAUUGAAAGAAAAUUAAUAUGCUCAAAUACUUUACACCUUACAUCAAUGUUAAUCAUUAUCCCCCAUUAUAAUAUUUUACAUGCAGGUCCAAUUCAUUAUGUCGUACUUAAUAUUUUUGUUGUUUGAAGCUUUAUGUGUGAAAUGGUUUUUUCUGACCAAUGCAACUCAUACGCUUAUUAUUUCUUUCGAAAGAUUUUUUAAUUUUUAUAAUAAUAUGGAAUAACGUUAUACAUUUUAUUGUUAAAUAAGAUUAGAUUAUAAUAGUAGGAUAGUUCCAAACCAUGAUUAAAUGGUGUAUUUUCUAGGAAUAAUAUCGAUUUGUGAAAUCAUAAUAUUUCAAUAUUAUCUAGUCAAAUAUAAGCAAGCAAAACAAUUAUUCAAGAGUUAAUUAUUAUUGAAGUGUGAAGAUCAUAAUGUGAGUGGAUAUUUUGUUAAUUUGGGUGAGUUGAUGAACAUUGAAAGGAAUGCCCUCUCAGAUGUGUUCUUCACGAUGAUUUGGUUUAUACAUUCUAGUAUAAAAAGUAAUUUUAUACUGUUUUAGACUAGCAGUAUCAUCAGCUAAUGUACAUGUUAAUGCAUUGUGGUGAAUUUCUAAUAUAAACUUUUGCUGUACGUCUUAUAGCCACAAUACAAUCAUUAAUUCUUGCCAAAAAAUAAAUGAUUUAGAGUUGCAUAGCCUGUCAUAGUCGCAACAAUAACACAACAGUAGGAUGUUCAUUCUAUAUAGAUUAAAAUACUCGUGAUUAAUUAAACGAAGCGUACAUUACUCAAAAAACGUAGUCUAAUUGUAAGAGAUAUACGCAUUGAUAUGCAACAAAAAUAAUUAUAAAAAAGCUAGGAGGGUAAUUUGUAAAUUGAAAAUAUGAAUUUGUAAGUUGAACGGUACCCUCCUAUUACAAUUUUUUGGUUUGGUGACUCAUACUCAAAAUAAAUAUUGUUAUAAAAUUCGUUGAUGGUCUCUGGACAAUAAUGAAAAUUAAGGUUGGUACAUUCGAUCAAAGUUGGUGGUAUAUUGUCUUUUAAAUUUAAUAGUUAUAACUCUGGUAACUUUCAAGCUAUUGUAAUAGAGAUUGUAUUAUACAAUACUGCAUUGGAUCCGUUCCACAAUGGUGUUAGAUCUAACAACUAAGCUACAAUAUUGAACAAUCUACACCGGGAUCUGCAUAACUUUGUUAGGACAAUACCAUUGUCACUCCGAGUAAGAAUUCAAUAAGUAAAACAAACACCAAACCAAGAAACUAGAAAUGAGGGAGUUUUACCGUUAUAUAACCAAAAUUGAAGUGUUAAGAUGUUGAGAGAUAUAAAAUAAAUAUUGUUAUUAGUCAGACUUUCUAUGAAAAGUAUGGAUUUGUAUACUGUAAAAAGUAAGCCUAAUCAUUAUAGUAGCUUCUCGCACUAUUCUCCAAGAUGAGAUUGUUUCAAUAAAUUCAAAUGAAGCAAGUAAUUAUUUCUUCUACUUAGACAUUGACAAAAUGUGGUGAAAUUACCAAAAUUCAUUUGAAAAAUCAAUAUCUUAUAAUCUUAAUCAAAUGAACUUUCAUUAACAUUUUUGGAUGAGGUUGAGAUUUAUGGCUAAAAAUUCCUAUUUGGUUUCAUAAAUUAAUUUUGUCAUGAUAGAUAAAAAUUAUGAUAGGUUAUAUGUAAUGAACAUUGGAGCUCUUACGGACAAAAAUAUACAAUUUACAUUUUUCUGAAUUGUCAAUCACAUUCAGGGUAAUUCAUAGGAAACUAAGAGAGUGUUUAUUGUAAGGUGUUCCUCCAAGAUUGAUAUUCUCGUAUCACCAGCUUCCAUAACAUGCGCUGUUAUCAUUUGCGUGAAUUUCUUAAAACUGGCAAAAAUUAUUAAUUGUUCAAACUAAAUUUCAAUAUUAUUCAGUAUCUAAGAAAUUGAAACACUCUUGACUUGUAGAAAAUACGUAUAUUUUUGUAUUUACUCACUUGUUGAAUUGGCGGAUCCACUAUUUAUGUUACAGUGUAAAUAAAUAAUAAUUAUUGUUCAAGCUCAUAAUCAUUAUUGUUCAGCAGGCUGAACUGUUACAUUGCCUAACACGGGUUUCAAUUGAAAAAUUGAAUUAUAUUUGAUAUUAUAUAAAAAUACUAUCUAUAUUCAUUAUAAUCAAUAUAGUGAUAAAUUGUGUGUUCUAGUAAAUUUGUAUUGUAACAUAUACAAUUGUAGAGAUGAAUAAAAUACUACAAACUGUUAACAAAA